CCACAAAGUGAUACGCCGCCCAUUUCAGAAUUGCGCAGGGCUAAGGAAAAAUAUAAAUCCACAACAAAACCCUAAUUUGCCGCUUUCUUUACCGUCUCCUAGCGGAGCAUUGUGCCACCACGAAGGAGGAGCCCUAGCCGCUGCGCGACGCCUCCAGAAGCCAUGGCUGUCCCAUUGCUCAGCAAAAAGAUUGUUAAGAAGCGUCUCAAGAAGUUCAAGAGGCACCAGAGUGAUCGAUUCAUCUCUGUGAAGACAAACUGGCGCAGGCCCAAGGGUAUUGAUUCCCGUGUCAGGAGAAAGUUCAAAGGAUGCACCCUCAUGCCAAACAUUGGUUAUGGCUCAGACAAGAGGACUCGCCAUUAUCUUCCCAAUGGAUUUAAGAAAUUUGUUGUCCAUAAUGUAAAAGAGCUGGAAGUUCUCAUGAUGCAUAAUAGGACAUAUUGUGCAGAGAUAGCACACAAUGUUUCUACCAAGAAGAGAAAAGAUAUUGUUGAACGAGCUGCACAGUUGGAUAUUGUUGUAACCAACAAAUUGGCUAGGUUGCGCAGCCAGGAGGACGAGUAAGCUGUCACGUGGCUGUUUCUUUUUGUUGCAAUGUUUUUACUUUUAGCCGGUAAUCAAAAGAUUGAAAGGGUGAAAUCACUGGGCAGAUGUUAUUUGGGAUUAUUAGUUUUGAAGUUAGCCAUGUACCAUGUAUGGCAUACAAUUUCAUUUAGACGACAUGCAUUGACAUUUUGGUUUCAAAAUUUGUUGUGCUUCAA